AUGUACCACGGAGCGCUUUCGGCGCCCCACCGGAGCCACGAUGUGAAUUCUUAUAAAACCCACGAAUACUUAUCAAAGAUCUUCAUCUUCGGUGCAGUGUUAGCAGUGGCUCAAGCGGGUGGCUUGCGUCAUGGUGGUUAUUCCCUAUCUUCCCAAUAUAGUGGAUUGAACCACGGCUACGGAUAUGGUGCGGCUCCCCAUCAGUCUGCAUCUCUAGCUCAUGCUGCUCCCUUGGCUCAUGGAGCUCUCCAAUAUUCUGGCCCUCUCGCUCAUACUGCUCUGGACUACUCAGGUCGUCUUUCUCACCUAGCUUCGUUAAACCAUGCAUCUCCUUUGAGCUAUGCAGCUCCUUUAGCCCAAGCAGCUCAUCCAGCUCAUUUGGGUUAUGCUGGUCCUCUAGGUAAUGCUGAUCCUCUAGGUCAUGCUGGUCCUCUAGGUCAUGCUGGUAUUCUAGGUCAUGCUGGUCCUCUAAGUCAUGCUGGUCCUCUAGGUCAUGCUGGUCCUCUAGGUCAUGCUGGUCCUCUAGGUCAUGCUGGUCUUCUAGGUAAUGCUGGUCCUCUAGGUCAUGCUGGUCCUCUAGGUCAUGCUGGUCCUCUAGGUAAUGCUGGUCCACUAGGUCAUGCUGGUCCUCUUGGUAAUGCUGGUCCUCUAGGUCAUGCUAAUUUUGCCCACGCCACAUCACAUACCAAUGUGGUUUCCUUGUCCCACACUUCUCCUUACGGCAAUCUCGAAAAUGCUGGCCGUUAUGCUGCCAAAGACUACUACAUCGUCGCUCUGAGCGCUGUAUUGGCUGCUGCCAAUGCUGGAAUCCUCCCACUUCACCACGCCUCAGCCGUGUCAUCCCAGAGCAUCAUCCGCCAUGACAACCCGGUCCACUACGCUGCCGCUCAUCUCAUCCACGCUCCCGUGGUCCAUGCCCCUAUCGUACAUGCCGCCCCCAUAGUCCACGCUCCUAUCGCUAUUGCUCACGAAUACUCUCACCCUAAAUACGACUUCUCUUACUCCGUGGCCGACCCCCACACCGGCGACCACAAGUCCCAGCACGAGAGCCGCGACGGUGGCGCCGUGCACGGCAGCUACUCCCUCGUCGAGCCUGACGGUUCCGUCCGUAAAGUAGAAUACACCGCUGACGACCACCAUGGAUUCAACGCUGUAGUCCACAAGACCGUGGGCCACCACCCCGCCCCCGUAGUCCACGCUCCUAUCAUCCACGCUGCCCCGGUCUCACAUCUCGCCAUCUCCCACCUCGCUCAUGGACAUCAUGGCCUCCACUAC